AUUGAUGAACUCCCUGAAGGAGCUGUGAAGCCUCCAGCAAAUAAAUACCCCAUCUUCUUUUUUGGGACUCAUGAAACUGCGUUCCUGGGGCCCAAAGACCUUUUUCCAUAUAAAGAAUAUAAAGAUAAGUUUGGGAAGUCGAACAAGCGAAAAGGAUUCAAUGAAGGCCUGUGGGAAAUAGAAAACAACCCUGGAGUAAAGUUUACUGGAUAUCAGGCAAUUCAGCAACAGAGCUCAUCAGAAACUGAAGGAGAAGGAGGAAAUACAGCAGAUGCCAGCAGUGAGGAAGAAGGUGAUCGGGUAGAAGAGGAUGGAAAAGGAAAAAGAAAGAAUGAAAAAGCAGGCUCAAAACGGAAAAAAUCCUACACUUCAAAGAAAUCCUCCAAGCAGUCACGGAAAUCUCCUGGAGAUGAAGAUGAUAAGGACUGCAAAGAGGAAGAAAAUAAGAGCAGCUCUGAUGCUGGGGAUGCAGGCAACGACACAAGAAAUACUUCUUCAGAUUUGCAGAAAACCAGUGAAGGG